AUCCCGAAAUUGUUGAAAACACAGAAGAAGAGAAGAUGUCAGGCGUUACGAAUCCAGCGCAAGAGGAAGACAAGAAGCCCAACGAUCAAUCUGCUCACAUCAACCUCAAAGUCAAAGGCCAGGAUGGGAAUGAGGUUUUCUUCAGGAUCAAAAGAAGCACCCAACUGAAGAAGCUUAUGAAUGCAUAUUGUGAUAGACAAUCUGUGGAGCUUAAUUCGAUUGCCUUCUUGUUUGAUGGCCGUCGUCUCAGAGCAGAGCAAACCCCUGAUGAGCUUGAAAUGGAAGAUGGUGAUGAGAUUGAUGCCAUGCUGCAUCAAACCGGUGGGGCAAAUGCUUUGAAGAUGUAAUGCUCAUCUGUUAGAGCAAGUAAUCUAUGUGUACUGCGAAACUAUUAUGUGGAUGUAUGUUAAGGAGAUUUAAGUACCUAGAGGCGUGUAACAAACUUAUUUAUGCUGGUGACUUGGUGUUGCUUUUUAAGUAUUUAGAAUGGUUGCUUUAAGUGUUUAGCUUUCUAUUUGAGGGCUCUGACUGUAACUAUUAUUAAAUAGAAUCCGUAAUAAACAUAUGUCGUUUUAUGUUC